UUUACCUGCAGUCUCACUCAACUUGGAUUUUGGUGGGAAAUGGCUGUUGCUUUUGCCAUUCCUAAUCCUCCUUUAAUAAACCUCAAAAAUCCUCUCUUGAUCCAAAAAAUCCCAAACCCUCGCAUUCGAUUGAAGCAGCGAAUUCGUUGCUCAACUGCUGGCAACUCGAAUGAAGAUUCAAGACCCGAGACUCCUCAAGAGGAGGAAGUGAAGGAUUUGGGGGUUAGGGCAGCGCUUUGCACGCUGAGAUUCUACAAACGGGAGAUAUCUCCAUUGCUUCCUUCGAGCUGCCGUUUUGUGCCAACCUGCAGUGAGUACUCGAUGGAGGCUUAUAAGAAGUACGGGGUCGCAAAGGGCACGAUACUGACAGCUUGGCGCCUUUGCCGCUGUAACCCACUUGGUGGAAGCGGAUUUGAUCCGCCAAGGUGGUUUGGUGAGGAAAAGCCAUCUGAUCAACGAUAAUGUUUGCUACAGCUCCUUUAAUGUUGUAUAUUUAACUUUGUCUUGGUAGUUCAGGUAUUGCUCUUACUGUGAAUUAUUGCAUCGUAUAACAUUUAGUUUGUAGAAGGGCCUCGAGGGCUAGGUUUUUAGCUUGAUCAUGAUAUACUUAGUAGACUGCAGUAUAUCAAUAUUUAAAAGAAUGCCAUUGUAUCAUGAUAUUCAUUUUAGAAGGCAGAUGACAGGUGAUUUGGUGUUGCAAUAUCUUAAUUUGAUGAAUCUUGUUAAUUCAAAGAAUUUCUUGUAUCAUGAUGAUAAAAGAGAAUGGAUAUGGGAGGCAAAAAAGAUGUUUACUGUUAAGUUCUUUUAUCAUUUUCUUAAUGAUGGAGGUGUGAGAUAUGAUUGUAUGAAUUUAUGGGGCCUCCCUGUUCCUUUAAAGGUUAAAGUCUUAGUUUGGUUGGCUUUAAGGGAGGGUUUGAAUACUAAAGAUAUGUUGAAUAGAAAGGGUAUUCAUUUAGGGAAAACAUGUUGUUUCUGUUCAAAAAAAGAUGAAGAUCAUGCACAUUUAUUUCUUAACUGUGAGUUUGUAUACUCAAUCUGGAGAUCUAUUCCAUUCAAGUUGAAAACUGACAAUGAUUUUAGAAUGAAUUCUUUGAAAGAAGUAUGGCUAUGCUGGAGUGGUGGUAUUGGUGGAGAUUCUAACUUAAAGAAGUUAGUGUUGAUUUGCUCCCUGAUCUG